AUGGAGGCGGGGCUGCACGUCCUCGGCGCCGACCUCGCCGAGUACGCGCAGAUCGCGCCGCACGGCGGAGACCCGAUCGCGCCCAGCCGCCGCCAGAGCUUCGGUACACCCCCCCGGGGCGCUCCCCCGACCGACGCGCUCGCCGAUGGCGCCGAGUGGGGCAGCUGGCCGCCGAGCGGACCUUCGGGCGCGCGCGUCGCUGUGGCGGCUUGCGCCGCGCACCGCUCCACUGCUCCGUGGCCGCCCUCGCCGGGCUUGCUCGCGGCGGCUGCAUCGUCCGCGAGCGCAGCUGCUCCGCCGCACGUGGCGCCGCCGGCGCACGCGGCGCAGCUCUCGCACAGUCACGCGCCGCACGAGCAGCGCCACUGCGGCCACUUCGCCGGCGGCUGUGGGGACGCGCCAGAGCAUGCGAGCUCUGCGUCUGUGGGCGAGGCGAGCGCCGGGCCUUCCUCGCCGUGCGUGGAGCAGCGGUCCCCGCCCCAGCGGUUCGCGCCGCCCGACUCUCAGGCGCCGGCGCCGGGGGAGAGGGCCGCGGACGCAGAAGGCAGCUAUGGCGCGCUGCACGCGCGCGUCGAGGAGCAGCUCGCGCGCUGCUCCGCCUUGCUCGGCUCCCAGCCCAAGGGAGAUGCCGAGUGCUGA